AUGGCUGGUUUCAAGAAACCCCCGUUGCUAAAUCAAUCUUCAUACAACUCCGUUUAUGUAAAUCCCCUCACUGAGUCCAAACACCAUCAUACUUGCAGUGAAGGUGACCUCAUUACAAAAGUUUUCACCGACAACAAAGAGAACAUUAACACUACCAUGCUUGGUGGUGUUGACAAAGAAAAUGCAGUGCCCAACAGCUUAAAACCUUUGUCUUCAAAUGGGUCUCUCUCCGUUUUGCCAAAGCCACAGUUAUCCAAUAUGAAGUCUUUGUCCACGAGCAGAGUGUUAAAGCCUUCUUCUUUACAGUUGUGUAUGCAAAUGAAUGAGCCUGAAAAGGUUUUUAAAUCUGGAAUUUGGGACUCUGUUGAGUCUGAGAAGUCAAAUUCUGUAAAUAUUUGGGACUAUUCCGAUUCCGAGGCUGCUCCAGCUUCUUCUUGGUCUACAUUGCCCAACAGGGCAUUAUUGUGCAGGCCAUUGCCUCUGGACAUAGGAAGAUGUACUUGUGUUAUUAUGAAGGAAGCAUUGCCAAAAGGGUUAGAUGGGGGUACUUUGUACUCGCUUUAUACCAAUGAAGGACAGGGACGACAGGACCGGAAACUAGCUGUAGCUCACCAUAAACGGCAUAAUGGAAAGACAGAGUUCACCAUAGCUCAGAAUUUGAAGGGAGUUUUGUCUAGUUCAGAUGAUGGCUUUGUCGGAAAUGUAACAGCAAACCUCAUAGGUUCCAAGUACCACAUUUGGGAUCAGGGUGGCAAUGUCAACUCCAAAAGGAGUAAUCCACUUCUGGCUGUUGUUACGUUCAUGCCUACAAUAGCCACUUGGACCGGAAGUUACAGAAGCAUGAGGGCAUAUCUACCAAAACACCAAUCCAUGCAGCUAAAGAAUACAACCCAGCAUAUUAAUGGUUUGGCCAAGGACUGGGAGGGAAAAAUGGACAAAGUACAUAAGCUAUGUUCAAGGACUCCACGAUACAAUAAUAUGUCAAAGCAGUACGAGUUAGACUUCAGAGACAGAGGAAGAGCUGGGCUUAGAAUCCAAAGCUCGGUGAAGAACUUCCAGCUCACAUUGGAGCAUGCGAUUUUUGCAGGAAAACGAAAAGCAGACGAUUUUACAGCUGGGAAGGAUAGGGAAGGCAAAGUUUGUUAUGGAUUUCAGGUGCUUUAG